GACGAUAUUUCGUGCGGUUAGUUGGCGCGCGGGGCCCCGGUGACUGGGACGGCCAAUACAGGCGCUCCGUAUAAAAAGGGGUAGACAGGAGACAGGGCCGAAAAGAACAGGAUCAAGCUAUUAGGAAAACGGAGUGACGACCACGCACAGUGACGACGACGAACACACGACCGAAAAUUUACGGAUUAUUUCGUACACGCUGCUUUCUUCCCUCCCUUCGUUCAUUCGCGGCACGACCAUCGGCAGAGAGUAAACUCGGAAAGUGCGCGAGGAUCUAUCGAGCCGCGAGCUCGAGCUCGGUCCUUUCCCAAUUGAUCGUUGUUGUACGCUCGACAAGGUGCACAGGAACCGGCCGGAGAUCAGAGGAUUUUCUAUUUGCGAGGAUCCGACCUCAUCAGCCUCCGACCGCACUUUUGGAUAACCAAGGAACUGCCUCAAAUCAAAGGAGGACACCGUCAGAAGGAGGCGUGGCCGCGAUCCUCGCGACCGAGGCAGCAAGUAACGGGAGGUUGGAUGGUGCCGCGGGCCGGCGCCGUUUGAACCAAUCUCGUGGAACUCGACUUUCUUCGCAAGCGGGUGCAACGAAAGCCGGCCGGUUAGGGCUCUCGAUCCGUUGAGGAGGAGGGUGGCUCGCCACCCGUGAAAUUUCGCGGUAGAAGGCUGGUGCGAACAGGCGGCCCGUCACCAUGGGGGUCGCCGACGAUUUCGCGCCGAGCUUCACCCAGAAGCCGCAGCUCAGGCAGGAGGACGACGGCAACCGUCUGAUCUUCGAGUGUCAACUGGUCAGCUCGCCGAAACCGGAGAUAUCAUGGUACCGAGGCGACACCGAGCUCAGCCCGGACAGCAGGACCAACUUCAAAAUGCAGAGCGUCGGGACGAACAAAUUCUUGGUCGUCCUGGAGCUCGACGACGUUAUCGAGACGGACGCCGGACUGUACAAGGUCAAGGCCAAAAACAAGAUGGGAGAGGUCGCUGCCUCGAUCAACCUUAAUUUCAGUCCUGUCGACGAGCCUAGGGAGAAACAAAUCGACGGCAUCGCGCCAACUUUCGCGAAAAAGCCCGCAAUCAGACAGGAAGACGAUGGUAAACGACUACUUUUCGAAUGUCGCAUCACAGCCGAUCCCACGCCAAAAGUUACGUGGUUUCACGAUGGAAGUAUGGUCAAAGACUCACCGAGGCACAAGCUGACCGUCGACAAAGAUGGCCACUCGUACUUCGCUACGCUGGAAAUUAAAAACGUGACCGUCGAGGAUGCUGGCAAAUACAAGGUCACCGCGAAGAACGAGCUCGGCGAGUCUAACGCCACCAUUUCCUUAAACUUCGACAGCGACGAGGCGCCCGUACCCGACGACGGUAUUAAACCGACCUUCACCGAACGACCGGUAAUAAGGCAAUCCGACGACGGUAACACCAUCACCUUCGAAUGCCGAUUAGUCGGCGAUCCGAAACCGAGUGUCAAGUGGUAUCACGGUACCGAAGAGGUGAAAGAAGGAGGAAGAUUCAGCAUGUCCCUGGAACUCGAUCAGAAGCUGUACCACCUCGUCAGAUUGAAGAUCGACAACGUGGCGAAGGGAGACGCCGGCGAAUAUAGAGCCCUCGCGAAGAACAAGCACGGGCAAGGAGUAGCAACGAUUAAUCUGAACUUCGAGGGGGGCGACAAGCUGAAAAUACCGGACGGUAAGCCGCCGCGUUUCCCGAAGAAACCGACGAUCCGACAGGAGGGCGACGUCCUCAUCAUGGAGUGUAUCCUGGAGGCCCACCCUGUGCCGGACAUAACCUGGUACCAGGGCCAGAAGCCGAUCGCCGACAGCAAACGCGUGAAGAUGUCACGCAAGGCGACUGGGAAGGACACGUAUUUGCUCACGCUCGAGAUCUCGAAUCCGACGAAGGCGGACGGCGGGAAUUACCGGUGCAACGCGUUUAACAACUUCGGCGAGAGUAACGCCAACAUCUCCCUCAACUUUCAAGAAGAGGGACCUGGUUUCGCGCCGUCGUUCGUCGAGAAACCGCGUAUCAUUCCGAACGAAACCGGUACCCUGAUCACGAUGAAGUGCAAGUGCAAGGCGAACCCGAAACCGGACGUGACGUGGUUCCGCGGGACCAAUGUGGUAAAGGAGUCCUCCAAGAUCUCGAUCAAGACCAAGACCGUCGAGGAGGAUGUGUACGAAUUGAUUAUGGAAAUUAAGGAUCCUUCGGCGCCGGACGGUGGCACUUACAGGUGUCACGUGCAGAACGAAUACGGCGAGAGCAACGCAAAUUUGAAUCUGAACAUCGAGGCCGAGCCGGAACCGGAAGGCGACGGACCAACCUUCGUCGAGAAGCCUCGCAUUCAGUCUCAGAAUGAGGGCAAACUCGUGAUAAUGGACUGCAAAGUGAAAGCGAACCCGAAACCGGAGAUCGUGUGGACCCACGCCGGCAAAGUGGUGAAGGAAUCAUCGAAAAUUUCGAUCAGUGUCGUUAAAGAGAAGGAAGACAUUUAUUACAUUAAACUGACCCUGAACGACCCCGGCCCAGACGAUUCCGGCUUGUACAAAUGCAAUAUCAAGAAUGAUCUCGGCGAAUUGAACGCCAAUCUUACGCUUAACGUAGAAAUUAUACCUGUGAUCAAGGAGAAACCGAAAGUGAUCAAGAUCGUGAAGAAGAAGACGGUGAUAGUCGAGUGCCACGUUCUAUCCAAGUUCACGCCCGACUGUACUUGGUUCAAGGAGACACAAGCAGUUAAACAAGACACUAGGCACAAAGUUCACGUGGAACAAGUGAAAGAGGGAGAGUUCGCUGUCAAAUUAGAAAUCGAACAAGUCUCGGCUGCCGACAAAGGUGUGUACAAAUUGGUGGCCCGCAACGAGAAAGGUGAAGCCACGUCUCAAGUUGUGGAGGUCACGGAGAUCAUGGAGGAAGGUGAAAAGCCGAAGAUAGCUUCCGGCUUGAAAUCGAUGACGAUAGAGGAAGGCAAAUCGGUCGAAUUUGUCGCCAGUCUCUCCAAGAUGGACAGAAAAGUGACCAUCUCGUGGUAUAGAAACUCCACGGUGAUCAAAUCCUCCAAGGACAUCAUGAUAUCCUUCAAUGGCACGGACAUGAAGCUAACCAUCACAUCUGCUUCCACUUCGUUCUCCGGAACUUACAAAGUAGUCGUCAGCAACGAGUUCGGUGAAGACGAAUCAUCGGCUAAAUUAGUCGUGGAGAAGAAAGAAGAAGAGAAAAAAGAGGAAGAGGAAGAAGAGAAGAAGAAGAAGAAGGUCGAAAAGAAGAAGGAGGAAGAGAAGAAAGAGGAGAAGAAGGAGGAAAAGAAGGUCGAAAAGAAAGAAGAAAAGAAAGAAGAAAAGAAAGAAGAGAAGGUAAAGAAUUCGAUCUGGAGCGACGAAGGGGAGUCCGAUUACGAUGAAAGCGUGAUCGAGGAGGAAAUAGAGGAGGAGGAGGAAGAAGAAGUGGUGAGUGUAAUCGAAUCCAGCGUAGCGGAGCCGAUUAUCGAGGAACCAGACUCAGAAACAGUUUCACAGAUGGAGGACAUAUCCGACAACAAACCAAAUGGUAUCGACAAACCUGCCCGAAAGAAGAAACUGGAAGUACUACAGAAGAAACCAGAAGAGAAAGUCGCGGAAAAGAAAGAAGCAGAAAAGAAGAAGGUUGUAAAGAAAGAAGAACAAAAGGUAGAGGAGGCUACGAUGAAAGCCGAAAAAACUGUGUCCCGCAAGCAGUCCAUUAGCAGAGUGGAGGAACUGCGAACGGAAAGCCGAAGGAGCUCUUUGGUUUCGACAGAGGAAAAGACUGAAGAAGAGGUGAGGUCGGAAAGCAGGCGAUCUUCUAUCAUCGAGAAGAAGGUGACAGCAGAGAAGAAGGAAGAAGUCACUGCCAAGACGAAGAUCGCCGGGAAAGAGGAGACAAAGGAGGCACUUAAACCUAAACCCAAGGUAGAGGAAGCUAAGAAGACGGAACCCACAAAACCCCAGCCGACUCCCGGUAAACCCGCGGAGGCUAAGAAAGAGGAACCCGCCACAAAACCCAAGACUGCCGUCGGUAAACCCGAAGAGGCGAAGAAAGAGGAACCCGUCGCGAGGUCAAAAACCACGUUGAACAAACCCGACGAGGUUAAGAAGCCAGAACCCGACACGAAACCAAAGACCACCCUCGGUAAACCCGAAGAGACAAAGAAACAAGAACCCGACACUAAAUCCAAAACUAGCCUCGAUAAACCCGAGGAGGCAAAGAAACAAGAACCCGACACUAAACCCAAAACUACACUCGGUAAACCCGAAGAGACAAAGAAAGAGGAACUCGCCCCGAAACCAAAAACCACUCUCGGUAAACCCGAGGAACCGAAGAAAGUGGAACCUGCCCCGAAACCCAAGACCACUCUCGGUAAACCCGAAGAAGCGAAGAAGGAACUCGCCCCGAAACCCAAAACCACCCUUGGUAAACCCCAACCUGCAAAGCCAGAGGAACCUCAAAAGAUUAGCCUCAAACCCGUGUCUAAGCAAUUGGAGGAAGAGAAGAAGACUUUGCAGAAAGUAGAGCUCAAGACCAUGACAACGAACGCGGCCGGGGAGAAGUUAGGACUGCGUAAACCACCGAAAAACGAAAUAAAAUCCGAGAGCUUUCAAAGUAUCCAACUUAAACCAGUUUCCAGAGAUGGUAAAAAGCCUCAGCAGGCUGAGAAUGGGAACGUGGUUGGGCUGAAGAAAACCGAGAAGGCCGAGAAGACUGAAAUUAAGAAGAAAACGGCUCAAAAGGGGAAGGAGAGCAGCUACGAGCUACCAGAGAUUCCGGAUUAUGAGAGGCCGGUGCUGGAGAAGCCUCAGGAAUUCGAUUUCGGCGAACACGUGCCACGUGACAAGACCAAACUCGAUAGACCCGCUACUCAGAAGUUCGAUUCUAAGCCGAAAGUGCCAGAGAUCAAAGCCCCCGAGACACCGAAGAUCGAAGUUAUCAAGGACGUGACGCCGGCUGGAAGCAGAAAGGGUUCACUAAUACCUGGUAGCGGUACCAGCAGUCGACGUGGUUCAUUGAUACCACCCGAAGAAUUGGGUCGCAGACCCAGCCUGAUCAUCAGUGACGAGGAGAAUAGGAAGCUGCGACCAGGCGAGGUGGUGGACGAGCGCAAGUUGGGAAGGUUACGGCCCGGCGAGGUGUUAGACGCCAAGAGUAAGUCUGGCCGUCCUGGCGAACUGCAGGGGAAAGAGCGUCGUCGUCCGAGCACGGACGUCAGAAGACCCAGCGUGGCGGACCUCGAGAAUAAGAUCAAUCAACCGAGCACACCCCUUCGAGAUGUUGGACCAGCGGGAGCACCUCAAAUCGUCGAUGUGCAGGAAUCAUAUUCCGCUGUCGAAGACUCGACGGCGUAUCUCACGGUCGGGGUGGAAGGUACGCCCGCGCCCACCUUCAAGUUCUACAAAGGUAUCACCGAGAUCAUCGAAGGUGGCCGAUUCAAGUUCCUUACGGACACGGAGACCAAUACGAUCACCCUCUGCAUGAGGAAGACGAAGCCCAACGACGAGGGCACUUACAAGAUCGUCGUGAGCAACAUCCAUGGCGAGGACUCCGCCGAGAUGCAACUUUACGUUUCCGACGCCAGUGGUAUGGACUUCCGUGCUAUGCUGAAGAAGAGGAAGUACCAGAAAUGGGCGAGAGAAGAGCAAGAACAGGAGAAGGUAGACCUGAAGGAAGUCGAGAAGCCGAUGCCAGCGUUGAAGAAAGUGGAGAAGAAACAAGAAAGCUUCCUGAAACCACUGGUCGAUCAAUACGCCAAGGAGGGCAAAGACAAGAAGGUUGUCUUCGAGGCGAAUUUCUCGAAACCGAACUGCAAACCGAAAUGGUUCUUCCGAAAAGACGAACUAUUCCCUUCGUCGAAGUACAAAUUCAAGAACGAAGAGGAUUGCUACCAGCUGAUCAUCUUGAACCCGAAGGUCGAAGACACCGGCAAAUACACUAUCGAAAUUUCAGGCGUUUCGAGCACAGGCUUCCUCAACGUCGAGGAACCGGAUCCGACCUACACGUUCACCAAACCACUCGCAAAGAAGACGAGUGGCUUCACAAAACACGAAGUGUUCAUGGAAUGUACCGUCAGCUCGAAUCUUGCUCAAGUUUCGUGGUACAAAGGAAAGACGAAGCUAGAAGAUGGCGACUUGUACAGUAUAUCAAAAGAUAUGAGCGGUGUCUGCCGAUUAACCAUAAAAAGUGCGACGCUCGAAGAUAGCGGCGAGUACAUCUGUAAAAUCAACAAACAGACCGACAAGAGUGAAACGGUCCUGACUGUAGUUGAAUACCCAUACAAGUUCGUCAAAGUACUGAAACACCAACAGCUCGUAGAGAAAGAGACGUUGACCCUGCUCUGCGAGUUGGACGAUGCUGGUGGCGAAGUGAAAUGGUUCAAGGGUGAUCAAGAGAUCGUUGCUGACAAGAGAGUACAAAUCAAAGAAGAAGGUAGGAAGAGGAAGCUCAUAAUCAAGGACGUGAAAGUCACAGACGCUGGCCUCUACUCCUGCGUGAGCAACGCCGACAAGACCGAGGCUGAGAUUGUAGUAAACUACGCGAACCGUUUCAACAAGAAACUGAAAGACACCGUUGCCGUGGAAAGAGAAAAAUUGGUGCUCGAUGUGGAACUUCAAGAUCAAACCGCACCCGCCGAAUGGAAGUUCAAUGGCGAACCUAUCAAGACCAACGACAGGGUCGAAAUCAAGAAUCUCGGUGGUGGUAAACAUCAGUUGGUCUUCAACAGUGUGGAGAUGACCGACGACGGUGAAAUCACCUGCGAGAGCGGGCAGCUGAGCAGCAGCUGCAAGCUCACGGUGAAGAAGGGUGAGAGCAAACCGAUUGCCGAGGUGCCCGACAAAGUUGAAGGUCCUUGCAACGCUCCGAUCGUGUUCAUUGUUCCUUUCAAGAUCGAAGGUACGAAACAGAGCCAGGUAGAAGCUAAACUGAUGAAAGAUGGCAAACCUCUGCCUCUGAAGGAAGUCGAGGUGGUCGUCGGUGAAGACAAGAUCACUUUCAAGAUCAAGAAACCGUCUCGCGACCAGACUGGCACAUACCAACUGAAGAUUGGUAAUAAUCAGGGAGAGGAAGUCAAGGAUGUGUUCAUUAACAUGCAAGACGUGCCACAACCGCCCACGGACGUCGACGUGAACGAGAUCUUCCAGAAUUCCUGCGUGGUGUCCUUCAAACCAUCGAAGGACGAUGGUGGAUCGCCGAUUACGAAGUACGUUAUCGAACGUUUGGAUCUCAGCUUAAAAUCUCAAUGGGACAGCGUCGGCGAAGUGAUGCCUGGCGAGAAGUGCGUCUACAAGGUUCAAGAUCUGGUCGCGAAGAAGGAGUAUAAGUUCCGCAUCAGAGCGGUGAACAAGCUUGGCUCCAGCGAACCGGCGAUGUUCGCGAAACCGGUCCUCGCCAAGGACCCAUGGGACGAACCUGGCAAACCCAAAGACGUGGAUGUCACCGACUGGGACAAGGAUCACGCCGAUCUAAAAUGGACGAAACCAGAAAGCGACGGUGGCGCGCCGAUUACCGGCUACAUAAUCGAGUUCAAAGAGAAAUUCGGUAAAGAAUGGGUGAAAGGCAAAGAAAUCGAAGGCGACGUGACUGCAGCAACGAUCGAUGGCCUCAAAGAGGGCACGCAGUACGAGUUCAGGAUCAGAGCUGUGAACAAAGCUGGUCCUGGUGAACCGUCCGACGCCACGAAACCGAUCAUAGCGAAAUGCCGGUUCGUCAAGCCGUACAUCGUCGGUGACGGUCUGACGAAUUUGAUCGUGAAGAAGGGACAAGUGAUUAAGUAUGACAUCAAGUAUGCUGGCGAACCGGAACCGGAAGUGCACUGGUUCCUUGGACAGAAAGAACUUGUUCAAGACUCUGCUGAAAGAAUCACAAUUGAUAAAUAUGAAAGGAACACCGUGCUUACCGUCAGAAAGACGACCAGGCCGGACUCAGGGAAAUACAAGUUGGUUCUAACGAACAGCUCGGGAACCUGCGAAAGUGUUGCCGACGUGGUUGUUCUUGACAAACCCGCCAGCCCAACUGGACCAUUGAAGGUAGAAGAAGUACGCGCGAAUCACGUGAAAGUGAAAUGGGGAAAACCACCAGACAACGGUGGCACAGACAUUACAGGUUACGUUCUCGAGAAAAUGGAUAUGGACACGGGACGAUGGGUGCCUGCCGGAGAGGUCGGCCCUAAUGAAGACACGUUCACUUUUAGCGGCCUAACGCCUAAGAAGAAGUACAAGUUCCGCGUGAAGGCUGUGAACAAAGAGGGUGAAUCCGAGCCAUUGGAAGUGGAGGAAGCGAUCACCGCCAGGAACCCCUAUGACGAGCCUGGCAAACCCGGCAAACCAGAAAUAUUCGACUACGACAACGUAAGCGUGUCCUUGAAGUGGAAGAAACCGGACAGCGAUGGCGGCAGACCGAUCACGCACUACACCAUAGAAAUGAAAGAUAAAUUCUCGGUGGACUGGGUCGAAGUGACGAAAACCGCGGACGCUAAUCCGGAAGGAAAGGUGGAAGGCCUGAAAGAGAAAAUGGUUUAUCAAUUCCGAGUCCGUGCGCAUAACAAAGCAGGCCCUGGCGAGGCUAGCGAGCCAACGGACAACCAUAUCUGUAAACACAGGAAUCUAAAACCGAGAAUCGACAGAUCCAACUUCAAAUCAGUAAUCAUCAAGGCUGGUCGCACGCACAAGUGGUCCGUGGACAUCACCGGUGAACCACCUCCAGAAGUCAAAUGGAUCUGGCGAGACAAUAUUCCUCUGACCAACACUGAACGCAUCAAGAUCGAAAAUGUCGAUUACCAUACAGACUUCACGAUCGUCAACGCCAUGCGCAAAGAUACCGGAAAGUACACUCUUGUCGCUGAGAACGUGAACGGCAAGGACGAGGAAACUGUCGAACUCACUGUUCUCGGAAAGCCAGACGCUCCGAAGGGACCACUGGAAGUGACGGACGUCACUGCCACGUCGGCCAAGGUGAAAUGGGAGAAACCCGAAGACGACGGCGGCGUGCCGAUCAAAGAGUACGAGAUCGAGAAACUAGACACAAAGACCGGAAAAUGGGUCCGAGUGGGAAAGGUCCCUGGAAAUUCGCCGCUGACGGAAUUCGAAGUGACUGGACUGAAUCCUGGCAGCGAGUACAAGUUCCGCGUCACUGCUGUCAACGAUGAAGGCGACUCCGAGCCUCUCGAAAGCGAACGGCCGAUCAUUGCUAAGAAUCCAUUCGAUGAGCCGCACAAACCUGGAACACCAGAGAUAACCGAUUACGACAACGAAUCUAUCAGCCUGAAGUGGACAGCUCCGGACUUCGAUGGCGGUGCGCCCAUUGAGAAGUACAUAAUCGAGAAGAAGGAUCGUUACAAGCCGGAUUGGGAGAAAGCGAUGGAGGUACCUGGUAACCAACUCGAAGCUAAAGUGGCUGACCUGAAGGAACGCGGCGAAUAUCAGUUCCGAAUAAUCGCUGUGAACAAGGCUGGCCCGUCUCCUCCGUCGGACGCCUCGAAGAUGCAAAUAUGCAAACACAAAUCUCUGAAACCGAGAAUCGAUCGCACAAAUCUGAAGCCUAUCACGGUCCGAGCCGGCAAAGCGAUCAAAUACGACGUGGACGUAAAAGGUGAACCGCCACCAGAGAUCACAUGGUACCACGCGAACCUACCGAUGAAGACGGAAGGAAACAUCGAGAUCGUUAACAUCGACUAUAACACGAAGCUGAACAUCACCGACUGCGUGCGCAAGAACACUGGAGUCUGGAAGAUCAAAGCAGUGAACCCGCACGGUGAAGACGAGGCUGAAGUCGAGAUCACUAUACUCUCGGCUCCUGGCAAACCAAAGGGUCCUCUAAAAGUAUCCGAUGUAACAAAGAACGGAUGCAAGCUGAAAUGGGGAAAACCAGAGGACGACGGUGGCAAACCAGUUACCAGCUACCAAGUCGAGAAGCUGGACAAAGCUACCGGAAGAUGGGUACCAGUGGGACGCACGUCCGACACCGAAAUGGACAUCAAAGGUCUCCAGGAAGGUCACGAAUACGAGUUCAGGGUGAAGGCCAUCAACGAAGAGGGCGAGUCUGAGCCUUUGGUCACCGAUGGAUCGACCCUUGCCAAGAAUCCUUAUGACGUCACCAGCAAACCUGGUGUACCAGAAUUGGAAGACUGGGACGUGGAUCGCGUUGACUUGAAAUGGGAACCACCGAAAGAUACUGGUGGUGCACCAAUCACUGGUUAUAUUAUUGAAAUGAAAGAGAAACCGUCCACCCAGUGGCAAGAGGCUACGGUGACCGACUCACCGCAACCAAAGGGCCGUGUCACUGGCCUGAAGAAAGGUUCUGUCUAUCAGUUCCGAGUCCGCGCGGUUAACAAGGCUGGACCGUCGGAGCCCAGCGACUCAACGAAGCCGCACGUCGCUAAGGCAAGAUACUUGAAACCACGCAUCAACCGUGACAAGUUGCAACAGAUCAAGGUCAGAGCUGGUCAGAUGGUGAAGUUGGAGGUCGACGUGGAAGGUGAACCGCCUCCAACGAUCACGUGGAACUUCGGCGGCGAAGUUCUGCAGACCGGAGCCAACGUCAAGAUCGAUAACGAGGAUUACUUGACGAAGAUUCACUUGACGAACACUAGCCGCAAGAUGAGUGGCAAAUACACGAUCAAAGCGGUGAACGAUUCGGGUCAGGACGAGGCCGACGUCGACAUCAUCAUCCUCGACAGACCUGGAAAGCCAGAGGGACCUCUGGAAGUCUUGGAUGUCCACAAGGAGGGAUGCAAACUGAAAUGGAGCAAACCAAAAGACGACGGUGGUCUACCAUUGUCCAGCUACGUGAUCGAGAAGAUGGACGUGACCACGGGUCGAUGGGUGCCAGCUGGUGUCAUUGAUCCUGAUAAGACUGAGCACGCGAUCACUGGAUUAGAGCCUGGUCACAAGUACGAGUUCCGUGUAAAGGCAGUUAACGAAGAGGGAGAAUCGGAACCAUUGCAAACGGACACUGCGAUCGUGGCUAAGAACCCCUACGAUGCUCCUGCCGCUCCUGGUCUACCAGAGAUCAUCGACUGGUCCGAGAAUAUGGUGAAACUAAAGUGGGAACCACCUAUAAGAGAUGGUGGUGCACCGAUUACGGGCUACAUUAUUGAAAUGAAAGAUAAAUUCGGCACGCAAUUCGUGAAGGCUGCCGAGACAACAGGGCCUAGUUGUACAGGAACGGUACAGAGACUGGAAGAAGGAAAUCAGUACCAAUUCAGAGUUCGAGCUGUGAACAAAGCGGGUCCUGGCGAACCUAGCGAAGCUACGAAUCCUCACACUGCCAAGGCUCGUUGGCUGAAACCGUUCAUCGACCGCACCAAUCUACAGGCAAUCUCUGUAAAGGUUGGUCUGACGUUGACUCUGGAUGUGAACAUCAUCGGUGAACCGCCUCCAAAAGUGACUUGGUCGUUCCAAGGCAAAGAGCUCCAGUCGGACGACACGAUACGUAUCGACAACAUCGACUACAACACCAAAUUCUUUGUCCUGAAAGCUAAGAGAGCUCACACCGGCAAAUACGUGAUCAACGCUAAGAACGAAGUAGGCGAAGACACCGCCGAGGUGGAAAUAACCGUACUCGGUAAACCGAGUCAGCCUAAGGGUCCUCUGGAAGUGUCCGACGUAAACAAACACGGCUGCAAGUUGAAAUGGGAGAAACCGGAGGAUGACGGUGGCACUCCGAUCGAGUACUACGAAAUCGAGAAACUGGAUCCUCUGACUGGACAAUGGAUUCCGUGCGGCAAAUCCACCGAACCGGAAGCCACAGUGACCGGACUUCAAGAGGGCAAACCAUAUAAAUUCCGCGUGAAAGCGGUGAACAAAGAGGGCGAGUCCGACGAACUCGAAACGGAGAAAUCUAUCAUCGCUAAGAAUCCAUUCGAUGAACCUGGCAAACCCGGUCGUCCGGAGAUUAAGAACUGGGACAAGGACUUCGUUGACCUUGAAUGGACACCACCGAAAGACGACGGCGGUGCUCCUAUCGAGAAAUAUAUUAUACAAAUGAGAGACAAGGAAGCAAGACAGUGGAUAGACGUCGCAAAGGUUGGAGGUGACCGCAACGUUGCCAAAGUCACCGAUGGAAUUGAAGAGGGCCACGAAUACGAGUUCAGAGUGGUGGCUGUUAACAGGGCUGGGCCUGGCGAACCUAGUGACUCUUCGAGGAGCGUUGUGGCUAAACCGCGCUUCUUGGCUCCACGAAUCGACCGCAAAAAUCUCCAGAAGAAAGUCAUGCGAGUGGGACAAAUGCUACGCAUCGAGGCUAACAUACAAGGUGAACCGCCUCCAACAGUCACGUGGAAGCUCAAAGACGCCGUGCUAAAGAGCAUGGAUCGUCUCAAGAUCGAAAACGAAGAUUACCAGACCACAUUCAUCAUCACGAAGUUGCAAAGGAUCGAUACUGGCACCUACACAGUCAUAGCCAAGAACGACAGCGGUACUGAUCAAGUAGACGUUGAACUCCAGGUGUUAAGCAAACCUGGCAAACCAAAAGGACCUCUGGAAGUGUCGGAUGUGACCGCAGAAGGAUGCAAGUUGAAAUGGGACAAACCAGACGACGAUGGCGGCGAGCCGGUCGAUCAUUAUGUCAUCGAGAGGAUGGACGUCGAUACCGGAAGAUGGGUACCCUGUGCCACGAGCAAGACUCCGGAAGCGGAUGUCACUGGCCUGAACGAAGGCAAGGACUACAUGUUCCGCGUGAAAGCUGUCAAUUCCGAGGGAGAGUCUGAACCUUUGGAGACGGCGAUACCAACUACAGCCAAGAAUCCUUACACCGAACCCGACGCACCCAGCAAGCCAGACCUAAAAGACUGGUCCAAGAACCACGUGGACCUAAAGUGGAAGGCUCCAAAGAACGACGGUGGUGCGCCAAUCGAGAAGUACAUAAUCGAGAAGAAAGAUCAAUACGGUAAAUGGCAGAAGGCCGCCGAGGUGCCUGGUAACAAGACCGAGGGCCGAGUCGAGGACCUGGUGGAGGGUCAGAAGUACCAAUUCCGCGUAAGAGCGGUGAACAAGGGUGGGCAGAGCAAGCCUAGCGAGGCCAGCGACAGCUUGAUCGCGAAGGACCGUUACGCGGCGCCGAAGAUCGAUCGUACUAACCUGAAAGAUAUCACUAUCAAAGCUGGCAAUCACAUUCGCUUGGACGUGAAGGUGUCCGGAGAACCGCCGCCAACGAAAACCUGGUUCCUGAACAAAGCCAAGCAGGAAAGCGGCGGAGUCCUAACUAUCGAGCUCGAAGAGUACAGGACGAAGUUCAUCGUAACGGCAGCUAGCAGAGCUCACUGCGGAACGCUCACUUUGAAGGCAGAGAACAGCUCUGGUAAAGACGAAGCGUCGAUCGAGGUCUUGGUGCUGGACAGACCUGGCAAACCGGAAGGUCCGCUGAAGGUAUCCGAUGUUCACAAGGAAGGAUGCACGUUGAAAUGGAACCCGCCGCUGGAUGACGGCGGCACGCCGCUCGAUCAUUACGUUGUCGAGAAAAUGGACACGGAGACAGGAAGAUGGAUACCGGUGGGACGCACGAAAGAACCGAACAUGGUCGUGGAGAAUUUGGUGCCUGGCCAAGAGUAUAAGUUCCGAGUGGCCGCGGUGAACGCGGAAGGCGAAUCGGAACCGUUGGAGACCGACCAUGGAAUCGUGGCCAAGAAUCCAUUCGAUGAACCAGGACCACCGGGCCGCCCAGAGGCAACCGAUUGGGACAAGGAUCACAUAGACCUAAGAUGGACUCCACCAUUGAAGGAUGGUGGAUCUCCAAUCACCGGAUACAUAAUUGAAAAGCGCGAAAAGGACAGUCCACGCUGGAUAAAGGCACUCGAAACCGGACCCGACUGCAAGGGACGCGUCGACAAUCUCGACGAGGGUGUUGAAUAUGAAUUCCGCGUGAGGGCAAUCAACGCUGCUGGACCUGGCGAACCGUCGGACACCAGCAAACCGAUCACAGCCAAGAGUCGACGACUUGCACCGAAGAUCGACCGCAAGAACUUGCGCGACAUCACUGUCCGCGAGAACGAAGGAUUCCACUUCGACGUCAAGAUUAUCGGUGAACCACCACCAGACGUCACGUGGGUGAUCAACAACAAGAGCAUUCAAGUCACGACGUUCCGACGUAUACAGAACGUUCCGUACAACAGCAAGUUCUUCAAUGACAAGCCCGAACGCAAAGACAGCGGUAUAUACAAGAUCACCGCGGUGAAUCAGCACGGUUCCGAUACCGCCGAAGUUGAAGUGACCGUUGUCUCGAAACCUGGUAAACCCGAAGGACCACUAGAAGUGUCCGACAUCCACAAAGAGGGAUGUACGUUGAAAUGGAAGAAGCCGAAGGACGACGGCGGCGAGCCGAUCGAAGGAUACCUCGUGGAGAAGUUCGACCCGGACACUGGUGUCUGGUUGCCAGUUGGCAAGACAACGGGGCCGGAGAUGAAGGUCGAAGGACUGACACCUGGACACGAAUACAAGUUCAGAGUGAAAGCGCUUAACAAAGAAGGAGAGUCAGAACCUUUGGAGACUUUCAGCUCGAUCGUAGCCAAAGAUCCGUUUACUGUCCCAAGUCCUCCGGGAGCACCGGAACCGGUCGACUGGACCGCCAACCAGGUGGAACUCACUUGGAAGGAACCGGUCAGCGACGGAGGAUCACCUAUCACUGGGUACAUCAUCGAGAAGAAAGACAAAUACAGCACGAUGUGGGAGAAGGCUCUGGAAAUCGAGACACCGUCCACGAAAGCUCUCGUGCACGGUCUGAUCGAGGGCAACGAUUAUCUGUUCCGCGUGAUCGCCGUGAACAAAGCUGGACAGUCGGAACCUGGAGACGCCAGCAAGACGUUCACGGCGAAACCACGAUUCUUGGCACCCAAGAUCGAUCGACGCAACCUGCGGGAUGUCACGCUGUCGGCCGGUUCGUUGCUGAGGUUCGACGCGAACGUGAUCGGCGAGCCGCCGCCACACAUCGAGUGGCGAUACGGCGCGAUCCCGCUGCACUCCGACAGGAAAGUGCAGAUCGACAACUCGGACUACAGCACCAAAUUCAGCAUCCGACCUGUGGCGCGCGACGACAGCGGCGAUUACACUGUCACAGCCACCAAUUCGUCGGGAAGAGAUUCAGUCACCGUACAGGUCGUGGUCACGGACAAGCCGAUGCCGCCUGAAGGACCGCUCCAGGUCACAGACGUCCACAAGGAGGGAUGCAAGCUCAAAUGGAAGAGACCGAAAGACGACGGUGGUACCCCGAUCGAGUACUACCAAGUGGACAAAAUGGACCCGGAGACUGGAUGCUGGGUACCUUGCGGAAGGUCUACCGAGCCGAAUUUGGAGGUAACCGGAUUAACACCAGGCAAGGAAUACUUGUUCCGCGUCAGCGCGGUGAACGCUGAAGGAGAGUCCAAACCUCUGGAAGCGGAGCAAGCUAUAUUAGCAAAGAAUCCGUUCGACGAACCAGGCAAGCCAGGCGACGUUCGAGCCACCGACUGGGACAAGGAUCACGUGGACCUAGCUUGGACUCCGCCAGAAAACGACGGCGGAUCACCUAUCACUGGCUACAUAAUCGAGAAGAAAGACAAGUACGGCGAAUGGGAGAAAGCAGUCGAAGUGCCCGCCGGCGAGACGACCGCCACGGUACCCGACCUGAUAGAAGGUCAGCCGUACGAGUUCCGCGUGCGAGCGGUAAACAAGGCCGGCCCCGGCGAGCCGUCGGAUCCGACGCCAACGAUCAUUGCGAAACCGCGAAACCAGGCGCCGAAGAUCGACCGCACCAAUCUGGUGGAGGUCAGAAUCAAAGCCGGUCAAAACUUCAGCUUCGACGUGAAGGUGACGGGCGAACCACCACCGACCACCAAAUGGAUGCUGAACAAGCGAGAGGUCAGGCCGACCGAGCGCAUCAAAGUGAAGCACGUCGACUACAACACCAGCUUGAGCGUCAGGAUGGCGACCAGGGAAGACUCCGGCAAAUACACCAUCAUCGCCGAAAACAUAAACGGCACAGACGAGGCUGUCGUGAAGGUUACCGUGUUGGACAGACCCAGCCCGCCUCAAGGACCGCUCAGAGUGUCCGACGUUCACGCGGAAGGAUGCAAGCUAAAUUGGAAACCUCCGGAAGACGACGGCGGUCAGCCGGUCGAGAAAUAUAUCGUCGAGAAGAUGGACGAGACUACCGGUCGCUGGGUACCUGCGGGAGAGACGGACGGACCGGAGACCACGUUGCAGGUCGAAGGACUCACACCUGGACACAAGUACAAGUUCAGGGUCAAGGCAGUUAACAAACAUGGCAAAUCCGAACCACUUGCUUGCAUGCAGACCAUCGAGGCGAAGAAUCCUUUCGACGAGCCAGGAAAACCCGGUGUUCCGACUGUCAGCGAUUACGAUUCAGACUUCGUGGAGCUGCAAUGGGAUCGUCCACAAGAAGACGGUGGAUCUCCCAUUACUGGCUAUAUAAUAGAGAAACGAGACAAGUACAGCCCGACCUGGGAGAAGUGUGCUGAAGUUGAGGGCGACGUGAAUCGCGGAAAAGUGAACGAUCUCGUCGAAGGUACUCACUACGAGUUCCGUGUCAGGGCUGUCAACAAAGCUGGUCCCGGUGAACCGUCGGACGCCUCAAAAUCGCAUCUGGCACGACCUAAGAACCUUCCACCAAGGAUCGACAGGAAGUACAUGCUGGACGUGAAAGUGAAGGCAGGCGGUUUCUACGACUUCGAUGUUCCGGUGAUCGGCGAACCGCCUCCAACGAAGACAUGGACGCUGAAGGGGACGCCGGUGAUUGCGGACGAGCGCAUCAAGAUCGUGAACGAGGACUACAACACAAAGGUCCGCGUUAUGGAAGCAAGACGCUCCGACUCCGGCGUAUACACCCUGGAAGCUAAGAACAUCAACGGCAGGGACUCAGCGACGCUAACAGUGAACGUGUUGGACGUGCCGGCGCCACCGGAAGGACCUCUGAAGAUCGACAACGUAACCAAAAACGGCUGCAACUUAAGAUGGCGACCGCCGAAAGACGACGGCGGCUCGGAGAUCCAGUAUUACCAGGUCGAGAAAAUGGACACGGAGAACAUGCGAUGGGUGCCAGUCGCGGAAGCAACCGGCACUUCGGCCCACGUGGAUCAUCUGAUUGAGGGACACGACUAUCAGUUCCGAGUGCGUGCAGUGAACAAGCAAGGAGAAUCGGCUCCGCUAUUAGGCAUGGACACUAUCACUGCUAAAGACCCGUAUGACAAGCCGGACAAACCUGGCGCGCCUGUAGCUACCGACUGGGACAAGGACCACGUGGACUUGGAAUGGGCACCGCCUAAGAAGGACGGUGGAUCACCGAUCACAGGAUACAUUAUUGAGAAACGGCCGAGAUUCGGAUCCUGGGAGAAGGCCGCGGAGAUUGAAGGCGGUAAGACCAGCGGCAGGGUACCGGAUUUGGUCGAGGGACAAGAGUACGAGUUCAGAGUGAUCGCGGUGAACAAGGCUGGACCGGGCGAACCCUCGGAGGCCUCUUCGCCGAUUGUUGCCAAACCACGAUUCCUCGCUCCGUCGUUCGAUCCUCACUGCCUCAGCGACUUGGUCGUAAGAGCAGGACAGAAGAUCAGCUACAUCAUCCCCAUCCAAGCUUCACCAAAGCCAACAGCCACCUGGAGCUUGGACGGAGCCGUGUUGAUGGCCGAUUCCCGGCACGAGAUGUACACCACCAAUACAGAAACCACUUUCGAGAUCCAAUUCUCCGUUCGCUCGGAUACAGGUCGAUACACUUUGGUCCUGGAGAACGAGCACGGUAAAUUCAGCGCGAGCGCGAGGGUUACGGUCCUCGACAGGCCUUCGCCGCCACAGAAACCAUUGGAAAUCAGCAACGUCACCAAGGAAGGCUGUCAUUUGACCUGGGGACACCCGUUGGACGACGGCGGCAGCCCUAUCCUACACUACGUCAUCGAGAAAAUGGAUUUGUCGCGCGGCACUUGGUCCGACGCCGGCAUGAGCACAGUAUUGAGCCACGAAGUCGCUAGACUGACGCAUCGCAAGGAAUACCUAUUCCGCGUGAAGGCGGUGAACACUAUUGGAGAGUCCGACCCGCUCGAGGCGCCUAAGAGUAUCAUUGCCAAGAACGAGUUCGAUGAACCCGAUGCGCCUGGAAGACCACAGAUCACAGACUGGGACAGAGACCAUGUCGACUUGCAGUGGCCAAAACCGACCAACGAUGGCGGAUCACCGCUCACCGGAUACAUCGUCCAGAAGAAAGAGAAAGGCAGCCCAUACUGGGUUAACGCGGUGCACGUUCCUCCAAAUCAGACGAACACCACCGUGCCUGAUUUAACUGAGGGACAAGAAUACGAGUUCCGUGUAAUCGCGGUGAACGCUGCUGGACAAUCGGAACCUUCUGAGCCCAGUGAUCUUGUCACUGCCAAGCCUCGCCAUCUUGCCCCGAAGAUCAAGACACCUUUGCAAGAUAUUCGCAUUAAGGCUGGUCUCAUCUUCCACGUCGACAUCGACUUCGUCGGCGAACCGACUCCGGAAGUCACUUGGACAGUUGAUAGGAGAGAUCUAGAGACCACCGACAGAACGACCGUUACUUCGAUCGGUUAUCACACCAUUGUUCACACAGUGAACGCGAAGAGAUCCGACUCCGGGGUGUAUCAUCUGAUGCUGAAGAACAGCAGCGGCGUUGACGAGGGUAGCUUCCAGGUGAUCGUUCUCGACAGACCAGGACCACCAGAAGCUCCUCUGGAGUACGAAGAAAUCACGAGUCAAUCGGUCACGCUAUCCUGGAAGCCGCCAAAGGAUAAUGGCGGUAGCGAAAUCACUGGUUAUGUGAUUGAGAAACGCGACCUGACCCACGGUGGUGGUUGGGUACCAGCAGUGACCCACGUCAAUCCGAAGUUCAACCAUGCCACAGUUCCAAGAUUGCUCGAAGGUACCACGUACGAGUUCAGAGUGUGCGCGGAGAACCUUCAGGGACGCUCCGAUCCAUUGACGACAGACCGUUCGAUCGUCGCCAAGAACCAAUUCGUUGCACCUGGGCAGCCAGGCAAACCGGAAUGCGUCGACGCGGACAAAGACCACAUCAAGAUCAAGUGGACCGCGCCGAUCAGCAACGGAGGAUCCAAGAUCAUUGGUUACGAUGUGGAGCGCCGCGACAGAGCGACCGGUCGCUGGCUGAAGGUGAACAAAGAACCCGUCAGGUACGCGGAGUACUACGACGACCACGUGACCGAAGGCCACGCGUACGAAUACCGGGUGACCGCGAUAAACGCCGCUGGAUCCGGCAAACCCAGCGACACGUCCUCGGUGUUCAUCGCGAAACCGAUGAAGGAGAAACCAAAACUAAACCUCGACGCACUAAUUGGACGCAAGAUCAAGGUACGCGCCGGAGAACCGAUCAACGUCAACAUUCCACUGUCCGGCGCGCCCACGCCCACCAUCGAAUGGACCAAGAAUGCAAAGCCUCUUCUGGAGACCCUCAGAAUCUCGACCGAAACCAAGAGCGAUCGCACCAAUCUGCUGAUCGAGAAAUCGGUGCGCGAAGAUGGUGGAUUGUAUACCAUCACAGCAACGAACGAGCACGGUAAAGACUCAGCGGACAUCGAGGUGAUUGUCGUAGAUAGGCCUGGACCGCCUCAAGGCCCACUCCAGUACACCGGAACUACUCAGGAAUCGGUGUCCCUGUCCUGGAACAAACCUCUGGACGAUGGAGGAUCAGACAUCACGAACUACAUCGUGGAAGUGUCAGACUACGGGGCAGACAACUGGAGACAGACACCCGGAUAUUGUCCGCGAACCAGCUACACUGCCAAAGGACUUACCGAAGGCAAGAAGUACGUCUUCAGGGUCCGAGCCGAGAACAUGUACGGCGUGUCGGAGCCACUGGAAGGCAAACCAGUCAUCGCGAAAAGCCCGUACGAUCCACCGGAUGCUCCCAGCCAGCCAGAGAUCCUUGGAUACACUCCCAACAGCUGCAGCCUACUUUGGAAUCCACCGCUUAACACUGGUGGCAAGCCUAUCACUGGUUACUACGUAGAGAGACGCGAGCGUGGUGGUGAAUGGCUCAAGGUCAACAACUAUCCAACCCCGAACACAACAUUCACAGUACAAGAUCUUCACGAAGGAACAAAGUACGAGUUCAGGGUUAUCGCAGUCAACGAGGCUGGACCUGGCAAACCCAGCAAGCCGACAGAACCUAUCACUGCUGGACACCAGCGCUUGCGUCCUGAUCCUCCAGAACCACCGAAACCAGACAGAAUUACAAAGGAUUCGGUGACACUGAGCUGGCGUCCUCCGCGCAGCGAUGGCGGUGCCAAGAUCAGAGGAUACAUCGUCCAGAUCAAGAAGAGAGGACAAGAUGAAUGGGACGAUGUGAACGGUGCACUGAUACCGACGAACGUUUACACGGUGCCGAAACUGACCGAGGGCGAGGAGUACUUGUUCAGGGUGGUUGCCGUGAACGACGUCGGCAACAGCGACCCGAGCAAGCCGAGCAACCCGAUCGUCAUCGAGGAACAGCCGAACAAGCCGGUGAUGGAUCUAGGCGGUGUCCGCGACAUCACCGUCCGUGCCGGCGAAGACUUCUCCAUUCACGUGCCUUACAUCGGCUUCCCGAAACCCACUGCCACCUGGUUCGCCAACGAUGUUGUUAAAGACGAAACCGACCAUCGCGUGCACCAACAGCUGGGCGAUGAUUACGCUAGUUUGGUAGUAAAGAAUUCCAAACGAUCGGACGGCGGAGUGUACAGACUCCAGUUGCGCAACUCGUCCGGCUUCGACACCGCCACCGUGAACGUUAAAGUCCUCGACAGGCCGAAUCCACCGGAGAACCUUCACGCCGAUGAAUUCGCCGGAGAUGCGCUCACAUUAUUCUGGAACCCACCGAAAGACAACGGUGGUGCAGACAUCACCAACUAUGUCCUUGAGAAACGCGAACCGAAGGGCACCUGGUCUAAGGUGAGCAGCUACAUCACGACGCCAUUCGUCCGAGUACGAAAUCUAACAGUCGGAUCUACCUACGAAUUCCGAGUGAUGGCUGAAAAUCAAUACGGCACGUCUGACCCGGUGACAACGAUGGACCCGAUCAAGGCCAGACAUCCAUUCGACCCGCCAGGCGCACCUGGAACACCCAGAGGCGUCGAAACCUCGGAGGACAGCAUCACCAUCACCUGGACCAAGCCUCGUCACGAUGGAGGCUCACCGAUCCUUGGCUACGUGAUCGAGAAGCGUCUGCUGAGCGAAGACAAGUGGACGAAAGCUACACCAUCCCUCGUUCAUGAGACUACUUAUAGAGUGACCGGUCUGAUCGAGAAUCACGACUACGAAUUCCGUGUGGCAGCGGAGAAUGCAGCUGGCCGUGGACCAUGGAGCUCGAACUCCGAUGUGAUCAGAGCCAGCGCACCUCCGUUCCCACCGAGGAUCACGUCGGAUUUGAGCAUCCGCGACAUGACGGUGAUCGCUGGGGAACCAUUCACGAUCACGGUACCCUAUGCGGCGAACCCGAAACCAAGACCAAGCUGGUCCAUCAAUGGCGAAGAGGUUCUCACUGGAGACAGAAUCAAAUUCGAUACCACGGACGUCGCCUCGCAGUUCAUCAACAAGAAGGCCAAACGAUCCGACACCGGAAAUUACACUAUUUAUCUCACGAACACUGUCGGCACGGACUCUGCUUCCUGCAAGGUCCUCGUUGUCGACAAGCCAUCACCACCUCAAGCGCCAUUGGACAUCAGCGACAUCACUCCGGACACUUGCACGCUGUCUUGGAAACCUCCCUUCGACGAUGGCGGUUCACCUGUUACCAAUUACGUGGUGGAGAAGCUGGAUCCGGCUGGCUUCUGGGUGAAACUGUGCAGCUUCGUCAGGAACACGCACUACGACGUUAUCGGUCUAGAACCGAACAAACAAUACAACUUCCGUGUACGCGCAGAGAACCAAUAUGGAAUAUCGGACCCGCUGCAGGCGGAUGAGCCCAUCACCGCUAAAUUCCCGUUCACGGUACCAGAUCCACCUGGUCAGCCACGCGUUAUCGACUGGGACACAUCGAACGCGACCGUCGUUUGGACUCGGCCGAUUUCCGAUGGCGGUUCCCGUGUUCAAGGUUACAAGAUCGAAUUCCGCGAUCCCGCGGACGACGCCCAAUGGAGAGUGGCAAACGACUACCUCGUCAAGGACACCACUUACAUAUGUUACAACCUGCUCAGCGGUCACGAGUACGAAUUCAGGAUCCGGGCGAAGAACGCAGCCGGAUUCAGCAAACCCAGUCCACCUUCAGCGCCGUUCAAGCUCAAGAGCAAGUUCAACGUGCCAUCGCCACCUGGCACCCCACAGGUGGUCAAGGUUGGCAAGAACUACGUCGACCUCAAAUGGGAAGCACCGGUGUCCGACGGCGGCAGCCGCAUCACCGGCUAUAUCAUCGAGAAGAGAGAGGUUGGAAGUCUCUGGGUCAAGUGCAACGAGUACAACGUCACCGACACCGAAUACACCGUCAUGCAUCUCAUCGAGCGCGGCGAUUACGAGUUCCGAAUCUUCGCGGUCAACGCCGCGGGCAGAUCGGAACCAAGCUCUUGCACCACCCCCGUCAAGGUAUGCGAGGUCGAAGGUGGCGAGAAACCGGAAUUCGUCAGAACCCUACCCAUCAGCCAGAACGUGCCACUUGGCAAGACUCUGGUAUUCGAGUGCGAGGCUACUGGAAAGCCUUUGCCUACCGCCAGGUGGUUGAGAAACGGCAGAGAAAUCACGGUAGGUGGCCGGUUCCGAACAGAGGCGUUCGAUGGCAUUUACAGACUCGUGAUAUCGGAAGUGAUGGACGCAGACGCUGGCGACUACAGCUGCCAGGUCUCGAAUCCGCUCGGUAUCGCGACGACAACAGCCAGAUUGAAGAUCGGCACUCCACCUCGCAUCGAGCGCAUGCCGGACGACCUGUACCUGGCCGAAGGCGACAACACGAAGAUCAAGAUCUAUUACAGCGGCGACCAGCCGAUGGAUAUCACUCUGAAGAAGGAUGGCCGCCAAGUGGUCGAAACCUCGCACAUCAAAUACACAGUAUUCGACGAGUACCUCAUCAUCUUUAUCAAGGACAUCCAGAAAGACGACGGUGGCCUUUACGAUCUCUCGAUCUCGAACGACAGCGGCAGCGUCAGCGGUUCCUUCAACGUCUACAUCACCGGACUACCAGGACCUCCAACCGGACCCCUGGACGUUACGGACAUCAACAAGCACACUUGCACGUUAUCUUGGCACCCACCGAAAUUCGACGGCGGUCUCCGCGUGACCCACUACAUGGUCGAACGCCGAGACGUCAGCCACACUCACUGGAUAAUCGUGUCGUCCUUCUGCAAAGAUACUUCGUUCAUGGUACAAGGCCUAACGGAAGGACAAGAGUAUCUAUUCCGCGUGAUGGCGGUGAACGACAACGGAAUGGGACCACCAUUAGAGGGCGCGAAUCCCAUCAAGGCCAAGGCGCCGUUCGACCCGCCCGGCCCGCCGGGUACACCAAAGGUGACAGAAGUCGGCGGAGACUUCGUGAACCUAUCCUGGGAGAAACCAGAAACCGAUGGCGGCUCGAAGAUCCAAGGCUACUGGAUCGACAAACGCGAAGUUGGCAGUCAAGCCUGGCAACGCGUGAAUGUCGCGAUCUGUCUCCCCACUCAGAUCAACAUCACGAACCUGAUCGAGGGCAGACAGUACGAGUUCCGCGUGUUCGCGCAGAACGCCGCCGGCCUCGGCCCAGAAUCGAAGGCCUCCACAUCGGUGAAGAUCUGCGACCCGCAAGCAGCAAAGGCGCCCGAAGUCAUCCAACCCCUGCACAAGGUGAACUGCGUGCAGAACCACAACGCCCACUUCCAGUGCAAGAUCAUCGGCACCCCGAAGCCCACAAUCACCUGGUUCAAGGGCGCCCGGGAGAUCGUCAGCGGAUCGCGCUACAACAUCUACUCGGAGGGAGAAGUGCACAACCUGAUAAUUCACGAUGUCUUCGGCGAGGACGCGGACGAGUACUUCUGCCGUGCGGUGAACAAGUGCGGCGUCAAGUCGACCAAGGGCGAGCUGUUCAUCAAGACACCACCGAAGCUGAACGUGCCACCAAGGUUCAGGGACACUGCGUUCUUCGACAAGGGCGUGAACGUCGUGAUCAAGAUUCCGUUCACCGGCUACCCGAAACCAAAGAUCAGCUGGGUAAGAGAAGGCGAAGUAAUCGAAUCCGGUGGACACUACACUGUAGAAGUGAAAGAGAGGCACGCGGUGCUGACCAUCAUAGAUGGCAGCCGAAUAGACUCCGGCCCCUACCGCAUCACCGCGGAGAACGACCUCGGCCAGGACACCGCUAUCAUCAAGAUCCAGAUCAGCGACCGACCCGACCCGCCACGAUUCCCUCAGAUAGACAACGUUGGCCACGAUUCUCUGGCACUCAGCUGGAAGCCUCCAGUUUGGGACGGCGGCAGCAACAUCACCAACUACCUGGUCGAGAAACGCGAACACCCGAUGAGCACCUGGAUCCGUGUAGGAAACACGAGGUUCUGCACGAUGGCGGUGACCGGGCUCAGCCCAGGACACCAGUACGACUUCAGAGUGUGCGCGGAGAACAUCUACGGACGCUCCGACCCCAGCGAAGUGACGCCGCUGAUCACGACCAAGGGAAUCAUCAAGAGGGAGUUCAAACAGAAGGAGUACCAAGUGGACGAGUCUGGCAAGAAGAUCCGCGGACGAAGCGACGAGAAACCGUCCGACUACGACCAGUUCGUGUUCGAUGUGUACAGCAAGUAUGUGCCUCAGCCGGUUGAGGUGAAACACUUCUCCGUCUACGACAGAUACGACAUCCUCGAAGAGAUCGGCACCGGCGCGUUUGGCGUGGUCCAUCGUUGCCGCGAGAGAGCUACUGGAAACAUCUUCGCUGCUAAAUUCAUACCAGUGUCACACGCGAUGGAGAAGGAACUGAUCAGGAAGGAGAUCGAUAUUAUGAAUCAGUUACAUCAUCCGAAAUUGAUCAAUCUGCACGACGCCUUCGAGGACGACGACGAAAUGGUCCUGAUAUUCGAGUUCUUGUCCGGCGGUGAACUCUUCGAGAGGAUCACAGCUGAGGGUUACACCAUGUCCGAGGCCGAGGUGAUCAACUACAUGAGACAGAUCUGCGAAGCCGUCAAGCACAUGCACGAGAAGAACAUCAUACAUUUGGACAUCAAGCCCGAGAACAUCAUGUGCCAGACACGCAACAGCACGAAUGUGAAGUUGAUCGAUUUUGGACUGGCCACGAAGCUGGAUCCAAACGAAGUGGUCAAGAUCAGCACUGGCACGGCCGAAUUCGCUGCUCCUGAGAUCGUUGAGCGCGAGCCGGUCGGUUUCUACACGGACAUGUGGGCUUGCGGUGUCUUGGCCUAUGUUCUGCUGAGCGGCCUUUCACCGUUCGCUGGAGACAACGACAUCGAGACCCUGAAGAACGUUAAAGCCUGCGACUGGGACUUCGACGAAGAAGCAUUCCGCGAUGUCUCAGAGGAAGGCAAGGACUUCAUCAGGCGGCUCCUCAUCAAGAACAAAGAGAAACGUAUGACUGCUCACGAAUGCCUCCUACAUCCAUGGUUGACCGGUGACCACAGCGACCGCACCAAAGCCAUUUCAAGUAGUCGAUACCUCAAAUUCAGGGACAGGUUGCGAGCCAAAUACGAGAACUGGGACAAAUACGUACUUCCUAUUGGCCGUCUGGCAGAAUACUCUUCCCUUAGAAAGUUGCUGGUCGAGAAAUAUAAGAUUUAUGAUUCUUGCUUUGACCGACGACAAGCAGCACCAAGGUUCGUCAUCAAGCCUACUAGCGCGUUCGCGUACGAAGGCCAAAGCGUCAAGUUCACUUGCCGCGUGAUCGCGAUCGCCGACCCAACCCUCACGUGGUUCCACAACAACCAAGAGCUCCGACAAUCGGUGAAGUUCAUGAAACGCUACCACGGCGAGGACUACACGUUCAUCAUCAACAGAGUGAAACUCGAGGAUAGAGGAGAAUAUGUGAUCAGAGCAGAGAAUCAUUACGGUUACAGAGAGGAAGUUGUGUUCCUGAAUGUGCAACCGCUGCCUAGAGAGAUUCCGAAAUACAGACCAGAACUGCACCCUGUCCGAAGAAGAGAGCCGCUCGGCUACAACGUCUGGUUGGAGACGAUCGAAUCAGCACCUAGCUUUACUUUCCUGCUUCGACCACGUGUCAUCCAGGUUAGGCAGACCUGCAAGCUGCUCUGCUGUCUGAGCGGCAAUCCACCGCCGACCGUGAAAUGGUACAAGGACAGAGAAGAGCUCUCCAAACAUCACUAUGCAAUGACGAACUCAGACGGUGUCGUCACGAUGGAAAUAAUCGACUGCAAGCCAGAGGACAGCGGCAAAUACCGCUGCGUAGCGACCAACAAACACGGAAAGGACGAAACCAGUUGCGUCGUAAUCGUCGAAGGCACUGGAGAAACCGAGGAGCAAGUUAAAUUAGCGCACGACCUCCUACAUUCCGGAGAUCGAAGAUUUAUCGAACAACCGAUCAAACCGGCGCCACCACCGAUCAUAACGGUCCACAAGGCCGGCGGAUACAGCGGAUAUAGUUCCACCACCACGCAGGGUUACUCGAGCAGUUCGUCGACCAAUUACAAUAGUUCUACCACUAAACAGAAUUCCACGACUUCCUCUUCCUACAAAGCCACAGAAUCAAGCUCGGACAAGCGAAGCGUCAAGAAAUAUGGAUUGGACGCGUCCGGCAGUCCGUCUAGAUCCAGGAGUACCACGAAGGAAUUAGUCUAUCCUCCGGACGACUCGAUGAGAGCACCACAGUUCACGAAGAAGCUGAGCGACCUCACCAUCAACGACGGGGAACAGCUGGAGCUCAACGUAAAAGUUGACGGCGACCCAGAGCCGCAAGUUACCUGGACCAAGAACGGCAAAACGCUCAGCUCGUCCGGUAUCAUGGACCUGAAGUACAAAGCAGGAGUCGCGACGCUCGUCAUCAAUGAGGUGUUCCCCGAAGACGAGGGCGAAUACGCUUGCCAAGCGACUAACAGUAUCGGCAGCGUAACUACCUCCUGCAAACUGACCGUGAAACCGAGCACGUCUGGGGCCGAGAAGAAGAAGAAGACCGACGACAAACCUCCGAACAUCGUGGACCACCUGACCAGCAUGUUCGUGAAAGACGGAGAAUCGGUGCUGUUGAGCUGUCGAAUAAUCGGCGCGAAGAAGUUCGACGUGGUAUGGCUGCACAACAACAAAGAGAUCAAACCGAGCAAAGACUUCCAAUACAGCAACGAGGCUAAUAUCUACAAAUUGAACAUCGCUGAGAUUUUCCCCGAGGAUUCCGGCACCUAUACCUGCGAGGCGUUCAACGACGCAGGGGAGAGCUUCUCGUCGUGCACAUUAAACGUCCUUGUUCCAAACGAAGAACCGAAGAGCCCAGUCUUCACGACAUUCCCGCAAUCUGCAACGGUGAGCGAAGGCGAAUCGGUUACGUUCACAUGCAAGACUGAAACUGCGCCUUUGAAAGUAACGUGGUUGAAAGAUGGAAAAGCGAUCCCAGAAUCUAGCAGCAGGUAUCUCUUCAGUUCGGAUGGCGACAAAUCGUUCGAAUUACGUAUCAAAUCGUGCACGGCCACCGACGUUGGUCAAUACGUGGCUCGCGCCAUCGGCAAGAAGGGCGAGACAAACGCGGCAUUUGCCCUGAACGUUACCAGUGCUAGCGAACAAUGAUGAAUCGUUGAUUUCGACCCGUGCGAAGAUCACAAAAUACAACCAGCUUCUACAACGUUAAACGAGAGAACGAUGAUUAGAGAAACCAUAUGUAUAAACGGACUGUAAAAAUUUGCGACUCGUGAGCAAUCGCGACGAUAGGUGGUAUUUAUAAGGUUCGUGUAUAAAAGGGAAAUUGGAGAACCAUUGUAUCCGUAAAAACUAUUCUAUAUGUAAAUUUUCAUGGAACGCUGUAUUUUCUUUUUGUGUGCUUAUCAUAUUCGCAACAAUGAAACACAAUCGUGUCGUUGUAUGGUGGAAAUAAUGAAAGAAUCCAGAACAUCGAGCAAGUACACGGAUAGCACGCGCAAACUAUACGCUAAUACGAGCUUUGCUGCAUACACGAAUUAGCAUACUUUAAGUACACAAUGGUGCAUAACGGCAGCAGCGGAAUUAAACCGAUAAAUCGUCACGGUAGAUCUCGGCGUGACAGCCAGCAUCCUCGACAUCCAGCAGAACAUCACAUGUCUUGUCGGGAUUACCGUACGAAGCAAUUGAUACUGUCGAGAUGUACGUUCUUAUUCCAUGUAAUCGUACGCACUGUCGUGUUAUACUUGUUUGAAGACUGCUUCCGUUACAAAAUUUACGAUAAAUAAAAUAUGAUUCAAAUAUAA